GCCCGCUGCUUCAAGGCCGCUGUGAAAAUAUAUACACAACAUCUUUUGCCUGUGGCAGCACAUUGUAGCGCCCAUUUGCGAUGCUGACCUCAAGGGAGUUCCUGAAGACGUCUAACUUUCUAUUUAGGAGCCAUACGAGUCGGCCUCGGGUUGCUCGUUGCUGUAGUGUGAAGGUGGCCGCCACGCCGGUGCACACAGGCGCUGGCCCAAUUCCUUCAAGCACCGGUCGGCCGUGUCGGCUAGGAAACGUAAAGCGCAAGACGAAGGAGACCGAAGUGGAGGUCACAAUUAACCUGGAUGGCACUGGCGUAUGCGUCGCCGAGACGCCCGUCGGCUUUCUCAACCACAUGCUUGACCAGAUUGCCUCGCACGGCCUCUUUGACCUGACGGUGAAGGCGAAUGGCGACACCUGGAUCGAUGACCACCACACCGUCGAGGACAUCGCGCUGGCGCUGGGCACCGCACUCUCUCAGGCGCUGGGGGACCGCAAAGGCAUCCACCGGUUCGGCGAAUUCAGCGCACCACUGGAUGAGGCGCUGACCCACGUUGUUUUGGACCUUUCCGGUCGGCCGCACCUCAGCUGCAAUCUGACCAUCCCGGCGCAGCGGAUAGGCAGCUUUGACACUGAGCUCGUGGAGCACUUUUUCAUGUCAUUCGCGAACACUUCUGGCACGACGCUUCACAUUCGGCAGCUUGCUGGCAAGAACUCGCACCACAUUGUGGAGGCGACGUUCAAGGCCUUCGCUCGAGCCCUACGGCGCGCGUGCGAAUACGACGAGCGGCGUGCGGGACAGAUUGCCAGUUCGAAGGGCGUGCUGACGCAACAGUAA